AUGAUUGACUUCAAACUGACUGGUAUAUUUUGCACUAGGAUUUGUAUCCUCAUUUUCGCACUCACGUCGUCUCUCUCUCAAGCUGCGCUUACACCAAGUCGUUCUAACGAUGAUCCUGCAAACAGUUCUGACCUUGCUCCUAGAGAAAUCAUAUCGUAUAUCUGCGAGAAGAAUCUAAUCAUCCAGACUACCAGUUUCAUUUUGUACAAUAAUCUCUGGGGAGAAGAUUAUGCCUCUACUGGGUCUCAGUGCACUUAUCUGAAUUACGAGGGUCAAGACUCAAUCUCCUGGCAGACAGCUUGGACCUGGGAAGGGGGCGACGCAUAUGUUAAGAGCUAUGCAAAUGCAGUUCUAGAUAUUGAUGCAACACAGUUGAGCGCAAUCUCCAGUCUGAAAUCCACCUGGGGAUGGAGUUAUUCUGGCAAUAACAUUGUUGGAGAUGUUUCGUAUGAUGCAUUUCUGUCAUCCCAGGCUUCCACCACCGCAUCCCAUGACUAUGAAAUCAUGAUUUGGCUGGCUUCCUAUGGAGGGGCACAGCCUAUUGGUUAUAGUGCAGGUUCGAUUGCGUCAGUCACAAUCAGUGGUAUUGUUUGGAACUUGUAUAACGGAACAAACGACGGCUGGAAAGUUUUCAGCUUUGUGGCAAGCGAGACAAUAGCCUACUAUUCCGGGGAUAUUCACGACUUCUUCAAGUAUCUCAUCGAUAAUCAAAAUGUACCCGAUUCUUACUAUCUACAGACUAUCGGAGCUGGCACAGAGCCUUUCACAGGCUCAGAUGCCUGGUUUACUGUUUCGCCUUAUACGAUCAGUCUGAAUUAA